AUGGCAAUGGCAAACAAUAAAACACAAUGUUUUAAAUGCAAUAAAAAGAAAAUAACAUUUACUUGUGAAGGGUGUUUAGAAAAAUUCUGUUUAAUGGAUUUAACAGCACAUCAGCAAAUAUUAAAUGAAGAACUAAAUCAUAUCAUCAAUGAUUAUGGUCAAUUUCAGUAUAGAAUUAAUGAACAAAAACCGAAUUCACAUGAUCUUUCAUUAAUAAAUGAAAUUUAUCAAUGGGAAAUAAAUUCAAUUGAAAAAAUUCAACGAAAAGCAAAAGAAUGUAGAGACAUUGUCAUAAAAUCAUCACAAAUAUUUUUGAACAAUAUUGAAAUGAAGUUUAAUGAUUUAACGGAACAGAUAAAACAAAUUCGUGAAGAAAAUGAAUUUAAUGAAAUUAAUUUAAAAUACUUAAGAAAUCAAUUAAUGAAAAUGAAUCAAGAAUUAAAUGAUCCAUCAAACAUGUCUAUUCAACAAGAGUCACAGUCAUUUAUUAAUGAAAUUUCAAUUAUUUCAUUAGAAAAACCAAAAUUGAACGAAUGGAAACAACAUGCCAUCAACGUAGCUGCUGGAAAUGGACAAGGACAAAACUUAAACCAACUCAAUCGCCCUGGAGGAAUAUAUAUUGAUAAAAACAAAAAUAUUUUCAUUGCUGAUUCUUUUAAUCAUCGUAUUAUAGGAUGGAAAUGUAAUGCAAAAGAAGGAAAAAUUAUUGCAGGUGGAAAUGGGGAAGGAGAUCGAAUGAAUCAACUAAACUGUCCUAUAGAUGUGAUUUUUGAUCAACAAAAUCAUUCGAUCAUUAUUGCUGAUUAUGUAAAUAGACGAGUAGUCCAAUGGUUGAAUCAAAAGCAACAAAUUCUCAUUGAUGAUAUUGAUUGUUGGGGCUUAGCAAUAGACAAACAUGGAUUUCUUUAUAUUUCUGAUCUUGUGAAGAAUGAAGUGCGGCGAUGGAAAAUGGGUGAAUACUACAACGAAGGAAUUAUAGUGGCAGGUGGAAAUGGACAAGGAAAUCAACUUAAUGAAUUCAAUUAUCCUAGUUUUAUCUUUGUUGAUGAAGAACAAUCUGUUUAUGUAUCAGAUAGAGGCAAUAAUCGUGUGAUGAGAUGGAGAAAAGGUGCAAAGGAAGGAAGGAUUGUGGCUGGAGGAAAUGGUCAAGGAAGAAAUCGGAAUCAACUAUCGUCACCUGCAGGAUUAGUUGUUGACGAUUUGGGUCAUAUCUAUGUAGCAGAUUAUUGGAAUCAUCGAAUAAUGCGUUGGUGUGAAGGUAAAGAAGAAGGUGAAAUUAUUGUUGGUGGAAAUGGUAAAGGAAAUCAAUCAAAUCAAUUGUAUGGUCCUAUGGGUUUAUCUUUUGAUGAUGAAAGAAAUCUUUAUGUUGCUGAUUAUUUUAAUCGCCGAGUUGAAAGCAUGAAAUUAUAUCCAAUAAUUGAGAAUGUGACUUUAUCUAAUUCAAUUAUUACGAAUGAAAUCUAUCCUUUAAUUAAAUCAAUUCGAUCGGAUUGGACAUCAUCAAAUACUUGUUUGGUUACAUUUACUGAAGGUCUUACAAAUAUUAUCUUAGAUAUUUUUGAUAAUCGAACUCCAGAUGAUGAUUCAAAUGCAUUAAUUAUUAAAAUCUAUGGUAUUCAAAUAAAAUUAUUCAUGGAUCGACAAGCAGAAAUCAAUACAAUGAUUAAAUUUCAUGAACUUGGUAUUUUUUCUCAACGUGUUCUUACUCAAUUUAAUAAUGGAAUUAUAUAUGAAUUUGUAUCUGGUAAGACAUGUUCAAGAGAUGAUGUACGAGAAGAAAAUAUUUCAAAAUUAAUUGCAAUAAAAUUAGCAGAAAUUCAUAAUAUACCUGUUGUAGAAACUGAACAACCAUAUAUAAUGUUAAUUUUACGUCAGUUUUUAAAAUUAUUAGAUAAAAAUUCAUUUGAUUUAUCAUCAAUUAUAUCCGAUAUAGAUAUAGUAGAAGAACAUAUUUUACCUCGACUUAUUCCAAAUCCUAAAUAUGGUAAAGAUCUUGUUUUAUGUCAUAAUGAUCUUCUUGUUAAAAAUAUUGUUUAUAAUGAUAAAAAUCAAGCAAUAUCAUUUAUUGAUUUUGAAUUUACACAUUUAAAUUAUGCUUUAUUUGAUGUUGCAGCUCAUUUUGUGGAAUAUGCUGGUGUUGAAAAUGCAGAUUUUAGUAUAUAUCCAAGUUAUGAUGAACAAAAACGAUGGUUAAAAAUUUAUUUUCAAACUCGUCAAUUCGAUCAACAAAUAAUCAAUGAUGAUUUAUGUCGACUUAUUCGUAAAUUUUCUGCUUUAGUACAUUUAAUGGCUGGACUUUGGGCAUUAAUACAAGCAAAAGUAUCAUCUAUAGAUUUUGAUUAUAUUAAUUAUGCUAAAAUGAGAUUAAAUUGUUAUCAAAAUUUACGAUCACUUCUUUUUGAAAAUGCAUAA